GUCAGUACUGCGAGGAGGACGUGGACGAAUGCGCUCUCAUGUCGUACAUCUGCCGCAACGGCGCCACCUGCGUCAACUCCUUCGGCAGCUACCAGUGCAUCUGCGUCAACGGCUGGACGGGUCCCGACUGCAACGAGAACAUCGACGACUGCGCCGUCGCCGCCUGCUUCAACGGCGCCACCUGUCAUGAUCGCGUCGGCUCGUUCUUCUGCGAGUGUCCGCCGGGACAGACCGGGCUGCUGUGCCACAUUGACGACGCAUGCGUCAGCAACCCGUGUAACGAGGGCUCCAUCUGUGACACGUCGCCGAUCGACGGAAGCUAUGUCUGCAAUUGUCCGAUGGGCUACUCCGGCAAAAACUGCGAGAACGACAUCAACGAGUGUCUGGCAG